AUGAGUAAGGAGGAUGCCGAUAAACGGAACAAAGGUUAUCAAGAUAGACAAGAGGACAAGAGGCUAUGGGGAAUUCUAAUUUUUGGAUUAAUUGGAGCUACCACCACUGUCUUCGCUGUUACCCAAUUGUGGACAACAGUUGGUUGGAUCUCCUCUCAGUUGAGAAGCUCUCAGUCGUCAUGGAAAUGUUCAACUGGCCGUUCUUCCAGAACGAAAUUUCAGGAGGAGGCCUGGAGAAGAUAUAAUCAACGUAUGCAAGAAGAAUAUGAAGAAGAAAUGGAAAGAGUGGAGCGAAUUAGGCGAAUGCAAAGUGUAUUUAACCGAGAAAGAAAUAAAUUCAGAAAAAGUUAUGAGAGAUGGACAGAAAAUGAUCCAAGUGCAUAUCAUCAACAUUUUCAGAGGGAUGAUUGGUACUGGAAAGCAGAUACAUCAUACAGGGAUAAGGAUAGUAAUUUUAGAGAGACUCUUCAGGCCAGUGCAAGAGCUUCAUUAUCGCACCAUUACUCAGUCCUUGGCCUUGACAGGUUGAGGACAAAAUUGUACACUGAUGACGAGAUAAAGUCAGCCUUUAGGACAAAGGCAAAGGAGUUUCACCCAGAUCAGAAUCAGGAUAACAAAGAUUUUGCAGAAGCAAAAUUCAAGGAAGUUAUGACUUCUUACGAAGCUAUCAAGUCAGAAAGGAAGAAUAAUAGGCAUUGA